GGAGAUGCAAUGGCCUCCGGUGUCUAUUUCCUUUUUUUUUUAUCCUUUGGUUUUCGUAAACCAACCAAACAGCGCCUAAUAAUCCAAACCCCUGUCGUCAUCACGCGCGUCCCUUUCACGGUCCAAUGCUCUCCCCUUCCCUACGUCACAAACCAACCUUAGAUUCUGCUCUAUAAGAGUGCCCAUCUAUUUUUUUCCUUAAAAAAACACCAACUUGGGCUUUUUCUACAAUAAUAAAGCUCAAAGAGUGAAAAAAAACACCAACUUGGGCUUUUUCUACAAUAAUAAAGCUCAAAGAGUGACAUUGUGCUUGUGAGAUUGUUUGACUUAGAGAGAGAGAGAGAGAGAGAGAAGAGAGAGAUGGAGGAGAAGUAUGAGGCGUUGAAGGAGUUGGGUUCUGGCAAUUUUGGGGUGGCUAGGUUGGUGAGGGACAAGAAAACCAAGGAGCUUCUUGCUGUCAAAUAUAUUCAAAGAGGGAAGAAGAUUGAUGAGAAAGUGCAAAGAGAAAUCAUUAAUCAUAAGUCUUUGAGGCAUCCUAAUAUUGUCCGCUUUAAGGAGGUUUUGCUUACACCAACUCACCUAGCUAUUGUGAUGGAAUAUGCAGCUGGGGGUGAGCUAUUUGAGAGGAUAUGCAGUGCUGGUAGAUUUAGUGAGGAUGAGGCAAGGUUUUUCUUUCAACAGCUGAUAUCUGGAGUCAGUUACUGCCAUUCUAUGGAAAUUUGUCAUAGAGAUCUCAAAUUGGAGAAUACACUCUUGGAUGGAAGCCCGUCUCCACGUCUUAAGAUAUGUGACUUUGGUUACUCAAAGUCUGGUUUGUUACAUUCACAACCCAAAUCAACAGUAGGCACUCCAGCCUACAUAGCUCCAGAGAUUUUUUCUCGAAAAGAAUAUGAUGGCAAGAUUGCAGAUGUUUGGUCAUGUGGAGUCACACUGUAUGUUAUGUUGGUCGGAUCAUAUCCAUUUGAGGAUCCUGAGGAUCCAAGAAAUUUUCGAAAAACAAUCAAUAGAACUAUGGGCAUUCAGUAUUCAAUUCCUGAAUAUGUGCGAGUAUCCACAGAAUGCAGAGAGCUCCUCUCUAAAAUAUUUGUAUCAGAUCCAUCUGCAAGGAUUACAAUCCCAAAGAUAAAACAACACCCAUGGUUUCUGAGCAAGCUGCCACAAGAGCUGGCAAAUGGCGAUAAGUUUAACUACGAAGACAAAGAAAGUAAGCAACCCUCUCAGACGGUUGAAGAUAUAAUGAAGAUAAUUCAGGAGGCAAAGACACCAGCACAAGGUGCUUAAGUUCUGAAACAAUCUCCUGCCGGUGAACUUGAAACCGAUGUUGAUACAGAUUAUAUCGAUGAUAGCGGGGAUUUCUCAGCUCCUAUUUAAACAAAGUUAUCGUUUUUAUGGUAUCAAGGUUUGUGGUUCAUGCUGAAAAUAAGCGUUACAGUUUACUGUAAAGGCGCUAUUUGUACACAAUGUUGUAUAUGUGUUUAGUUCCCUUGGAUUGAGUAUCUUUGUCUAA